GCGAAGUGACCAGGCGGCGGCGGCAGCGGCCCGGCCGAGGUGACAGCGUGCUAGGCAGCCGGCCUGGGCUCGGUCCCCGCGCGCCCGCCGCCGCCGCGCUAUGAGGGCGCCUCUCCCGGGCUGGCCGAGGCCGGAGCCCACUGGCGGCGCGCGCGGGCGGGAGUGAGGCGCGGCGCGGGCGGGCGCGGGGCUGCGCGGGCUCAGGUGAGAGCGCGGGCUCGGGACCGGCUCGGCGGCGGCCUCGCGUGCUGGACGCCGCGCGCGCUUCGCGGGAUCCGGGGCCACCGCAGCAGAUGAAUUUUGUAGGAGUAUUUUGAGAUGAAUGUUUGCAAAUUGUUUUGAAAUUUCCAAGCACCACAUACAUGGGAUGUAUCUUGUUUUGAUCCUGGAGUUCACCCCCGUGGCUUGGAUUUAUCUUAGUAGUAUCCAUCUUUGAUCUAUGUACUAACUAGACAUCAAGAAAAGACAUGAGGAGAUUUGUUUACUGCAAGGUGGUCCUAGCCACUUCCUUGAUGUGGGUUCUGGUUGAUGUCUUCUUACUCCUGUACUUCAGUGAAUGUAACAAAUGUGAUGACAAGAAGGAGAGAUCUCUGCUACCUGCACUCAGGGCUGUCAUUUCUCGAAACCAAGAAGGGCCAGGAGAAAUGGGAAAGGCUGUGCUGAUCCCGAAAGAUGACCAAGAGAAAAUGAAAGAACUAUUUAAAAUCAAUCAGUUUAAUCUUAUGGCGAGUGAUUUGAUUGCCCUUAACAGAAGUCUGCCAGAUGUAAGAUUGGAAGGAUGCAAGACAAAGGUUUACCCUGAUGAACUUCCGAACACAAGUGUCGUCAUUGUGUUUCAUAAUGAAGCUUGGAGCACUCUUCUCAGAACAGUUUAUAGUGUUAUAAAUCGUUCCCCACACUAUCUGCUUUCUGAGGUCAUUUUGGUAGAUGAUGCCAGUGAAAGAGAUUUUCUCAAGUUGACAUUAGAGAAUUAUGUGAAAAAUCUAGAAGUGCCAGUGAAAAUUAUUAGAAUGGAAGAACGCUCUGGGUUAAUACGUGCCCGCCUUCGAGGAGCAGCUGCUUCAAAAGGGCAGGUCAUCACUUUUCUGGAUGCACACUGUGAAUGCACAUUAGGAUGGCUGGAGCCCUUGCUGGCAAGAAUAAAGGAAGACAGGAAAACAGUUGUAUGUCCCAUCAUUGAUGUGAUUAGUGAUGAUACCUUUGAAUAUAUGGCUGGGUCAGACAUGACUUAUGGGGGUUUUAACUGGAAACUUAAUUUCCGAUGGUAUCCUGUUCCCCAAAGAGAAAUGGAUAGACGGAAAGGAGACAGAACAUUACCUGUAAGGACCCCUACUAUGGCUGGUGGCCUAUUUUCUAUUGACAGAAACUACUUUGAAGAGAUAGGAACGUACGAUGCAGGAAUGGAUAUCUGGGGUGGAGAGAAUCUUGAAAUGUCUUUUAGGAUUUGGCAAUGUGGAGGCUCCCUGGAGAUUGUGACCUGCUCGCAUGUUGGUCAUGUUUUCCGGAAGGCAACUCCAUACACCUUCCCAGGGGGUACUGGUCAUGUCAUCAAUAAGAACAAUAGGAGACUGGCAGAAGUUUGGAUGGAUGAGUUCAAAGAUUUCUUCUACAUCAUAUCUCCAGGUGUUGUCAAAGUGGAUUAUGGAGAUGUGUCAGUCAGAAAAACACUAAGAGAAAAUCUGAAGUGUAAACCCUUUUCUUGGUACCUAGAAAACAUCUAUCCGGACUCCCAGAUCCCAAGGCGUUAUUACUCACUUGGUGAGAUAAGAAAUGUUGAAACCAAUCAGUGUUUAGACAACAUGGGCCGCAAAGAAAAUGAAAAAGUGGGUAUAUUCAACUGCCAUGGCAUGGGAGGAAAUCAGGUAUUUUCUUAUACUGCCGACAAAGAAAUCCGAACUGACGACUUGUGCUUGGAUGUUUCCAGACUUAAUGGACCUGUAAUCAUGUUAAAAUGCCACCACAUGAGAGGAAAUCAGUUAUGGGAAUACGAUGCUGAGAGACUCACGUUGAAACAUGUGAACAGUAACCAGUGUCUCGAUGAACCUUCUGAAGAAGACAAAAUGGUGCCUACUAUGCAGGACUGUAGUGGAAACAGAUCACAGCAAUGGCUGCUAAGGAACAUGACUCUGGGGGCAUGAAGACCACUUCUCUCCAGUCAUGAAAAUUUCUACAUUUCUGUUUUUUCAUGAUAUCAAUUAGGGGAGAGCAUUAAAUUUGCUAAAUUUAAGAAAAACAUUUGAAAAUCCUUUUAAUAUUCUAAAACACAGCUAUUUGUAAUUCAUUUUUAGGAAUGUUCGCUUAUUUCCCUACCAAAUUUCUAUCUCACCAAAAUAGCACAUAAAAAUAUAAAAUAACAGCAAACUGUUAUUAAAUAUCAGAACAACUUGAAAAAUUGUUUGCUUAAAAAAUUCCUUAUUGUCCUCAUUUCAUAGAAUUAGUUGUGGGCGGAAUAAUUUUUAAUUUUCUUGUCAUAGUAAUUAAAACAAGGACAAUGUAAAUGCCUUAGAAAAUACCUUCAUUAUGAAGUAUUAUUAUUGCUUUAUAAGCUCACUCUACCAGAUCUUCAUGGAAACAUGUUGGAAUUCUGUGUCAAGACAACACAUUGAAUUAUGCCUUAGCAGUUAAUUUGUCAUUCAAAAUAAGUUCCCAGUUUUGUACAAGGAAAAAAAUUAAAUUUGAUACUGACUUCUUAUAGAGUCCUUAUAAAAGCAUCAUACUUGAAUAAAGAAAGGAAUAUUUGAAAAUUAAAUUAGAUAUACUUAAAGCGCAGAAGAAACUUGCUAGGCAUUGAGGAGAACAAGAUGAAGCUAAAUUGCUAAAUUAGAUGACUUUUAAAGAUAACAUGUUUAUUUCUCAAUCACUGCUAACACAGGUCAAGGCUAACAGUUACCUUGGUACCAGAGUUGAUGUCCAAAAUUCAAUCUUUAGCUCUGUCUUUGGAAAGUCUUUAUUCACUCUGGAAACUGACUUGCCACAUAAGUUGCAGAAAAUUAUUGGUGAAAGAUGAAUUAUUAAUUUAAUUUUAAUGCUUCUGCAUUUACAUAUUUUAUUCUGUUUAUUUUUACCAUUUAAAUUUUAUAUUUAAAAAAUGUUGCAUAGUUGCCACUUGCUCAUUGCUAUGAUACAAUAUCUAAAGUUUUCAUCAUCAGGGGAUUGACUCCAUCCACAAAUAUUAAAACUGCAUUUUAACUAAACUGCUGAAUACCACUUGCUCCAAAUUAUAGUUCUAAGGAACACAAAUUGUAAUUCAGCUUACUUCACAUUUUAAAACUUUUGUGUUUGUUGCAUAGGAACAUAGUCAUGAAAAGAAAAAUCUUUCAAUGAAAUUUGUGAUAAUAAAUUUUAAUAUUGGGCACCAUUUCAGUGAGCACAAUUUGCUCUAAAUGUAUAAUUUAUUUAUCAUAAUUAUACUUAGCAACAGGAGAUAUUUGAGGAGGAGAGUAGAAAUAAGCAUUCUUUGUAACAGAAGAUGCAAAGUGUAUGGUCCUCAUAUUUCCUUAGAAAGCUACGAAGAAAAUAUGGAUAGAAAAUAUAAAACAUUUUGACCACACUCAGUCUAGAAUAACUUUGGCUCUUUGUCUGUGCCUAUGACUGUCUUUCCCUUCCUUCCCCUUACACGCACACACACACACACACACACACACACACACACACACACCCCUCCAACACACACAUGUACCCGCCCAACACACAGGCACACACACGUACAUACACACGUGACUUCUUAAAAAUGGAAAGAAAGGAGGAUAUUUUAUAAUAUUCAGUACAAUCCUGUAGAUUUUUCCAGUAAUACCAUUCCUUCUUCUUUUGGCUUCUUCUAAUUCACCUCUAAAAAAGAUUUACAUAGCUUGAAGCAUUUUAGGUUUACUUCUUGAGAUAUCCAUCCCCAUAAGUGAAAGUUUGACUGUAAAUUUAUUUUUCUGAGGAGAGAAUUCAUGGCUUAGAGCAAACUUUAAAGGAAGUUAUAACUUUCCAAAAUCAUUGAGCCAUUGCUUUGAAUUGCUAGUAGCCUCUGAAGCCCUACUUACCAACCACAUGUUCCACUUGUACGCCUAUUUUCUCACCAUUGCUCUUGCCUGACUGAAAUAUGAUAAAAUGUCCCUACACCUCAGCCUUCUUUAAACUUAAAAAGUUUACAUAUAGUCAUCCAUACUUCUUAUGAACUAACCCAUCAAAACACUUACCAAUGACAACUUUUUUCAAAAUACAACUACUUCAUUAUAGCUGAAUUUCAGCAGUUAUUUUAAAUAUUGAAAUUUUCUGGUUUGUAGUAAAAGUAUACAAACGGUAGUGAUUCCUUAAAUGUAAAUGUAGCUGUGUCCAUUCCCACGAUUCUCCAGUGACUUCCAUAAAUAAACUACUUGGAGCAGUUUUUAAGUCCUUGCAGUUGUGAACAACAGCCAUAAGCACAGGCAAGUGCACACAGAGGACCAUACUCACACCCUCACAGUCACUCAGUCGUGCAUGUGCGUUUCUGACUCCAUCCCUUGCCACUCUCCACACUCCCUCCCCUCUGGCUGCUAAGUAAGUUUCUGCCUUAAUGUUUUGUUUCUUCUGCUCCACAGAGCUUUCUCACUCACUUUCUUUUAUCUUUAUUCAGAAAUUAUCUUAUCAUGCAGGCAAACCAUUCUCUCUACAACUCCUGUACAAGCUCUGACAAAUUAUAAUUUUUUUGUCAUCGCUUCUACUUUCCCAUCCGCCACCUGUUCCAUUACAUAUCCUAGACUGUACGCCUCCUGAGGCCAGGAUGUGGCCGGUUUUGUUCACUGUGGUAUCUCCAUUAUCUGAGUACUUCUUGGCAAAUAGUGAGUCUUCUUUAAAUAUAUCUUAAAGAACUAGAAAAAAUGCGUGUUAAACUUUCUAAGUGCUAUUGUACCAUAUCUUUUUCUUCAUAGUGCUUUAAAAUUUAAAGUAAAUCUUAGUAAUAUAUUUAGACAGGAGUUACAUAAAUUUAUGUUCAAAUGAUAAAUGAUUUUCCUCCUAAUAGUCUUCAUACUAAAGUAUGAACUAUAUAUUUUUCCUCUAUGGUAAAAUAUCCUACCUUAUGGAAAUGAAAUAUUUCAUUUUAUAAACAUGCUGCUUUAUUAUAUAAUUUGCUUCAAGAAGAUAAAAAUUAUUUUUAUCUUUUGUUUAUAUUUAAUGGCCAUCCAAAGAGAUAAGAUUUUUACUUCUAAAAGUGAGACAUCAUUCUUUUAAAAAGCACAUCUAUUUUCAUGGUUUCAUAAGUUAUUCCUAAAUUUAUUUUCUAAGUACAAGUUCAUCAGCAAAACACAAUUAUAGAAGAAUUGAAAAUACUGGACAGAUGAUUUGAGUUACUGUUGUUAUUUGUAGAUAAUAAGAUUGCGUCCCAAAUAUGUGAUGUGACUUGCCCAAGUAUCAUAUGGAUAUAAACACAGUUGCCAAGACUCAUUUUUGUUAAUAUUUCUUGAUAACAGUUUCAACUAGAAAGCAUUUAAAAAUAGAGUAGGAAGGAUACAAUAAUGCAAAAAUAUCAUUAAAUAUUUUGUGCAAGUGCAUUGAUUCUUUAGAGAUAUAUGACUUGUUGCUAUCUUUUACAGUUUAGUUCUAUAAAAUCACACCACACUUAAUAAAUUAAUACCUGGCAGCACAAAUAAAGAAAUCAAGAGGAAAGGGAAUAAUUAUAGGACAUUAUGAGAGGGGACUGAGUGAUAGUACAGUGGGUAGGGCGUUUGCCUUGUACACAGGCAACCCGCAUUCCAUAUGGUUCCCCAAACACUACCAGGAGUAAUUCCUGAAUGCAGAGCUCUCAGGAAUAACCCCUGAGUAUUGCUGGGUGUGACUCAGUAAGAAAAAAAAAAGGAAAAAAAGAAAGAGCAUUAUGAGGCAAAAUAUAUUUCAGAGGAGUGAAGCCUUUUCAGCACUAACUAAUGGAGGAUGCUCUCCUUUCACUUCAUUUCCUUUAGAAUGAUGGUGAAGUUAAAAGCACCAUGGGUCCAAAGAUAGUACAGGAUUAAGGUACCUGCAUCUCUUAAUGCCUUGCAUCUCUUGGACUCUGGUUUGAAUUCCUAUGGGGUCAGCCCUAAACAUAGAGCCAGGAGAGAGCCCCAAGUACCAACGGGAGUGGCCCCAAGCUCCUUUCCCCACCAAACCAUCAAAUUGAAAUAAAAAUAAAAGUACCAUGGCAUAUUGCUUUCAGAGAAUAUCAUACCAACUAGUACUGUGAAUAUUGGGUAGGUUCUAGGUUCUGUAGCUUCAAACAGUCUGGGAAGUAAUUAGCAGGGAUAAACUGGACAUCAAUCAGCUCAACUGGUUGCCAAUGGAGCUUCUUAGUCGCCAGACAAAACCUAUACUUUCAAUGUUGCCGUGGUGCUUAGAAAUAGCCUCUCAAAUAAAAAAGAAAAAUAGUAAAGAAAAGAAGUGAAACAAUGAAAACUCCAACUACAAAACAACAAGAAAGUUUCUACUUUUUUUUUUUUACUUUUUGAGGAAGGUCUUAAUAACAAUAGAAGAAAUUACUUGAGUAAACCUAAAAAUACUGGUUCCUUCCCUACAUUGUAUCUGACCACUUGAGAAAUAAUCUUCUUUUAACAGAACCAUUUUAAUUGUUUGUUAUUUAUAAAUAAAUUGUAAAUCUAGUCUCAAUGGAGACAACUGUAUGCAUUCUGAAGUCAAAUUAUACUAAUUUAAUAAGUAUGCAGCAUCUAAAAGCAUCAAAAUUUUAAGAUUUUCAAAGAUCUAUAGUAUAUCUUUCUCUAGUGCUAUAUCCCUGGAUCUCUUGAAUAACUGUCCAGUUUAGUCGGUGAACAAAUAUUUUAGUUUUAAAGGCAGCUUGGGUUUCCUAAUUCAAUCACUAUCUUGCUCCCCAUCCCUGCCACUCCAUAUCCCGCACUAUGUCAAAUUCAGGUAAUCUCUAUUCAAUACAUGCUCAUAUCUGGAGUUACUACACCAUAUUCAGCUUGCUAUGAAAUAUUAGCUGCUGUAUGAAUUUACGGUGUUGAAUGGAAACCAGCAAUGUGUUUUAAUAGCUUGUGUAAAUCUGUGGCAAAUUUUUGUUUUAUAUUGUUCAAUAAAUUCUAAAGGCAG